AUGCUUCGACGUCACAGCAGUGUCCCACUGAAGAAGAGUCGACCACCACCAUAUGUUCCCGCACUGAAGCCCAAAUUCACCCGCGACGUCACCGCUGACCCCACUGAGUUCAGUACCCACCGGUGUGGUUGUUGUGGAGCGACCUUACAAUGCCCGUUAAACGAGGUAAAGAUCCGUUGUGUCGGAUGCGGAACAACAACUGUGUUCCAACCAGGGCCCAAAGACUCUGAGGGCGAGCCCAUGAAUGUCAACCACAUUCGAGACCUCGCCCGUCAAGGCAUGACUGUGUACACCAAGGAAACCUUACAUCAAGCUUUUGAGCCAUUGCUGGAGUACCUUUACCUCGGGUUCUCUCGAUUCAACAGUCUUAAUCGCUCGUUCCGCAAGAAUCCUCGCAGCCGGAACGCUCACUAUCUGAGCUCCAACUUGGACUAUGACACUAUCACGAAGGUCUACUUGAUGCUCACACGAUUACCUACGAAAUUGCCCUUAUACCGGGCUUUACUGGGGGCAAGUGAUUUACUCAAGCGCCUUGUACCCCGUGACUAUGAUGAUCCACGCAACUUCCUUUGGAUCUUGAUCAUCCUUGAAAAUCCAUUUCUUAAUCGAGCAUUAGUGCUUGAUCCAAACCCGGAUUUACGACAGAUGGCCAACGCCCCGGAAAUAAAGGUCUUAUGUCACGAUUUGUUGAAGCGAGGAUUAGGAGUCCUUGCCAACAACGUUACUUCAAAGUCACUUAAUUAUUUGGCUAGUUGGUUCUCCAAAAUGCCCCCCGGCACCUUUACCGCACGCAUUGAUCUCAUCAAUCAUUUCAUUACAUUUCAUUUGAAAACCUACUACCAGUUGGCGCAAAAGCCUGAGAGUCGACGACGAUCAGUGGGCCACUCGAGUCAGAUCCAUGACGCUGAGUACACUGACUACGUGGCUCUCAAACGACAAUUUGAGGAUGAUCAACCGCAUAUGAGUGAUGCCAGAUCUACGAACCUGGCUUCAUUAAGUCGCAGUCGGCAAAAGUCUGCCACACGAAUUACCAUCCAUCAGUAUGGUAAUAACUGGCAAAUCGAAGCAGCUCUGAAAGUGAUGAACUUUUUUUUGAAGGCAAAUACUAUACGUGGUGCUGAAACCGUUCCCAUUCUGAACUUUUAUAAUUCACUUGUCGACUUCGUUGACAUUCUUCUUGACUUCGAUUCUUGGCUCCGUAAACGUCAGACUACGUCUCGUCGUCGUCAAAGUAUUGAUGGGAUACCUACUGAUAUUGAUAUGGUGCUUGAAACCCUUCACGGUCUGCGGCGAACACUAAACGAAACGGCAAAAUUCUACUUUUGUCAAUACCCUUUUUUGAUCUCGUUGGGUAGUAAGAUGCGAAUUCUUGCUUACGAAGCCCGACGGCAGAUGGAAAGAAAAGCUGAAGAAGCAUUCAUUACAGGACUUGACCAGAACACUCAAAUUGAAGUAUACUUCAAAAUUGUUGUACGUCGGGAUCAUAUCAUCAGUGACUCGCUUGCCGCCAUAAAACACAAUCCCAACAAUUUGAAGAAAACACUUCGGGUCAAGUUCACCGAUGAACCUGGAAUUGAUGCUGGUGGUAUCAAGAAGGAGUGGUUUUUGUUGCUCACACGAAAUCUCUUUAGUCAAUCGACAGGGAUGUUCGUUCACGUCGAUGACUCCAACUACUUGUGGUUCAGCUUAUAUCCACGUGAGGGCAGUGAUGUUUUUUAUUUGUUAGGAGCUGUUUUAGGUUUGGCUGUUUACAAUCUGACUAUUUUGGAUCUCCACUUUCCACUUGGAUUUUACAAAAUCCUACUUGGACAACGUUUAAACACUGAGAACUUCCAACAGUUAUACCCGACGACUUAUGCUAAUCUCUUGAAGCUUCGUGAGCUUCUGGAUGAUGACUUGAAAGCCUUGGAUUUAACCUUCGAAACUUCGGUUACCGACUCUGAGGGACGAGUGCACAACCGAGAGUUGACACCGGGUGGAUCUAAGGUAGUGGUGACCAAGUCCAAUCUUGAGGAUUAUAUUCUGAACUAUUGCUCCUUGUUUAUUCACCUGGGAAUCAAAUCCCAAGCGCGAGCCCUUAACCGUGGAUUUCAACAAGUUUGUGGAGGUACUGCUUUAUCACUUUUCUCAGCUGAGGAGAUUCAAUUGGUGUUAUGUGGUUCUUCUGAUACCCACUUGGACGUGGACACUUUGAGAGCAGUGACGAAAUACGUUCGAUUCGGUGAGAGUCGUGAGGACGCCGAAGCUACGCCAGUGAUCCGGUGGUUUUGGCAUUGGCUUACGCAUGCACCGACGAGCAAACAGCGAAAGUUCCUUAUCUUUGUUACAGGGUCCGAUCGCAUUCCUGCUACGGGUAUCCAGAAUAUGAGCUUUAAGAUCAGUAAUGCUGGGAAUGAUAAAGCCCAUUUACCAAUUGCACACACCUGCUUUAAUGAAUUGUCUUUAUAUAAUUAUCCGUCGUACGACACCUUGCUGGACAAGUUAAAUAUGGCGGUCUACGGCAGUGCUGGGUUUGGUAUUAAAUAG